UUCCUUUGGUCUGUAUUUUUGCAUGUCUACAACAAAGAAAUGUUGUUCUUCUUCCGCCUAUUUCAAAAUAAAAAUCAACCACAAUGGAAGUAAAACUGCCGCUGGACGAAUUAGAGCAAUACUGCCAGCAAAAUCUUCCACAAAGAGCGUUUGACUACUACGCUAACGGGAGAGGGAAAAACAUAACAUUAAAAGAAAACAAAGCUUCCUUUCAAAGGUGGAAAAUACUUCCACGCUAUUUACAAGAAGUGAAUUGCUAUGAUGUGGACACUUCGAUUAGUAUCUUGGGUAGCACUAUUUCAACUCCAAUUUGUGCAAGCCCAACAGGGUUACACAAAAUUGCCCACCCCGAUGGAGAACUGGCAACUGCCAAAGGUUGUUAUGCCGCUAAAACAUGUAUGACAGUUAGUGCAUUCGCAACAUAUUCUUACGAAGAAAUUGCUGCUUCUUGCCCCAGUAGUCUACGAUGGUGCCAGAUGUACAUUUUCAAAGACCGCAACCUAACAUUAAACUUUGUUCGACGAGCUGAGUCAGCUGGUUAUAAAGCACUGGUUUUGACUAUUGAUACAACCCCUUUGUUUAAAUCAGGAGACAAAAAAAGUCACUUCGAAUUACCUGAUUGCAUCGAAGCAAGAAAUUUUAAAGAGAGGCCAGUCAAGACCCUUGAGGCUCUCACGCAGAAAAUCUGUAGUCUUAUAGAUCCAGACAUACGUGGACAAGAUAUUCAAUGGCUAAAGUCGAUUACCAAACUUCCUGUAGUACUUAAGGGUAUCAUGUCAGUUGAUGAUGCAAUAGAGGCAACUAAGGCUGGUGUUGAAGGAAUUAUAAUUUCAAACAAGGGAGGGAGAAAUUUAGACGAAGUUCCAGGCACGCUAGAGGUCCUUCCUGCAAUCGUUGACGCUGUUCAAGACAAAUUAGAAGUUUACAUAGAUGGUGGCAUCAGAAGUGGAGCAGAUGUUUUCAAAGCGCUUGCUCUUGGUGCUAGAGCUGUUUUUAUUGGCAGACCUGUCAUUUGGGGCCUUGCAUACAAUGGAUCUCGUGGCGUUACUGAUGUAUUUCAAACGAUGAAUGAUGAGUUGAGGCUUAUCAUGGCGAAUACAGGUUGUGGAAGAGUAUCAAACAUUAACCAAACAUCUUUAAGAAGACAUUGUCAGUGUCGUCUUUAAACGAUUAUUAUUCUUACGUGGACAUUGGCUUAAAACAUAUAACCAAUAAAUUAUUCCAAAUGCCUCAAUUCCUUAUAACGUUAUUACUGAUGAAUAAAUAAGCAACUUUUGAAUGUAUUAUUUUAUUUUGUAAACAAAUUUAAGUUAUUGAUUGCCCUUCUUUUAGAAACGAGUGUAUUUUUAGUAGUAUCAUAUAAAGACUACCUAUUCAACAAGCCUUGUCAACUUGUCAAGGCCUCAUUCAGGUCUUAGAGAAAGCACUGGCGCAACUUUCCUCGCUGUGUCGGGCAGUCCUGCUAAGGCAUUUACUGGGUAAAAAUGAUUUUCCUUCUAGUUUUUUGUUUAGCCCAAAAAGUUCAUUUUAUAGGAAGACUCUUUAUUACCUUGAUUAGGGCUGUAGAUUUUGAGAAAGUGAUGAC